AUGAGCAGCAACACAGAAUCAAACCCACAUGAUGGCAACAAGGAACUGCGCACGAUCUUACAACCGGCCCCAACCACACCAGCACCGGCCACCAUAUCAGACGGUUCCACAACAGAAUUACGCAUCGAUCCUUCAACAAAAGCUUAUAUUGAUGAGGCAAUUCGGGCAUCCACCACAACGAUCAUCGGAUCCAUCAGGCAAUAUAUCGAUGCCCAGAAUGACAAACAGAAAUUGUGGAACGAACAACUCCAAGCAAACAUUAAUAACAUAAUA